AUGUCCGACUCUUCGUUGCCUGAAACUCGUCCGGGCUCUGGUGGUGCCGUGUCUUCUGCGUCGUCUGCGUCGUCUGUGUCGUCUGCGUCGUCUGGCUCUGCGGUGUCUGCUGCAGAUGUUGGGACUGGGACUGGGACUGGGUCUGAUACUGGCUCUGGGUCUGGGUCUGGCUCUGCAGCUGGCUCUGCAGCUGGCUUUGGCUCUGGCUCUGGCUCUGGCUCUGCAGCUGGCUCUGCAGCUGGCUCUGCAGCUGGCUCUGCAGCUGGCUCUGCAGCUGGGGCUGAUGCUGGCUCUGCAGCUGGCUCUGCAGCUGGCUCUGCAGCUGGCUCUGCAGCUGGCUCUGCAGCUGGCUCUGCAGCUGGCUCUGCAGCUGGCUCUGCAGCUGGGGCUGAUGAUGGCUCUGCACCUGGCUCUGAGGCCGAUGCUGGCUCUGAUUCGGGAUCUGAGGCUGAUGCUGAGCUGGCCGACUCUCCUUCAAGCUCUUCCUCGGCCUCAUUGCCCUCUCCGUCCCGCGCCGCCGAUGUACAGCUUGAGUUCCUCGCCGCAUGCACCAUGGGCGACGUAGCCGCGGUGGCCUCAGCGCUCGCCACAGGCGCGGUGGAUCUGAGCGUCACCGACUCGGACGGCUACUCUGGCCUGCACUGCGCAGUCCAAGCUGGAUCUAGCGAUGUCGUCGCCGCCCUUCUUGCUGCCGGAGCCGACGUCAACGCUCGCGGCCCGCGCGGAGCCACUGCGCUGCACGAGGCCGCCGCCGCAGGGGCUGACGAUAUCGCCGCUCUCCUCGUGGCUUCGGCCGCCAUUGAGCUCGACGCGCGCAACAACGCCGGGCAAACACCGCAGGAUGUGGCUGUCGCCAAGGGCCGCACUGCCGUCGUCGCCGUCCUCAGCGAUGCCGCCGAGGCUCGCACCGCUGAACGAGUUCUUGCCGCUGCUGCAUCCGGUGACGCCGCUGCACUCGCCACCAUGUUUGACGCCCACGCCUCAGCCACCCACCCGUUGGUCCAUAUCCAGGAUUCGUCUGGAGCCACCCCGCUCGCGCUUGCCGCAGAAGCUGGCAGUGUUGCGGCCGUCAAGCUUCUCAUCCAAAAGGGUGCCGAUCUUGAGGCCUCUGUCGAGAUUCCGGCGUUUGCCUCGCCGCUCUCGCGCGCCCUCGUGGCAGGCCACCUCGACGUUGCCACCAUCCUCGUUGAGGCCGGCGCCUCGCUCGAGUACCCGCUCGGCGCAGCCCGCACCCCGCUCGACGACGCCAAGGCCUUGGGAUCGCGCGAGCUUCUAGCCCAAGUCGAAGAGUGGCUCGCCGGCGCGAGCGACACGGCUGACGCCGAGACCGAGGCCAAGAGCCCGGCUGCCAUGCUCGCGUCCAACACAGCGUAUGCACCGGCGUCGCCAGCCGCAGAUGCCCAGGUCGCCGGCAUCGAGGACAAGCUCAUGGCCAACCUUGCGCGGCGGGAGGCGCUCCUGGCCGCAGCCUCCGUCCGCUCACUCUCUGCUGCAGAGUCAGACGAGCUUGCAGAUCUCGAGGCGAACAUCACUACGUUUGGUGGCUUUGUCAAGCGCGCCACUGGCCGCGACCUCGUGGGCGAGUUUGCCGCCCGCGGCUCCGCUUCCAUCUCGUCGCGCCCUGCCCGUGCUGGCGGUGAAUACAAGACCGCCAUCUCGCCUGGUGGCGUCCGCAUCGUCUGGGCCAACGACGCCUACGACCGCGAUCAGGCCGACGCCCGCCAGCCGCCGGCCGACUGGCUUGUCGACGACAACCCUGGCGCGUCCAAGGCCACCCCGCUUCCGCCGGGCUGGGUCGCCUGCAUGUCGCAGCGAAAGGGCGUGCCAUUUUAUCACAACAUCGUCACCGGCACAUCCACCUGGGAACGCCCCUACAAUCACGAAGCCGAACGCGCCGUCGUCCCCGCCAUCACCCGCAAGCGCGACGCCUUUUGCGCCCGACUCGCUGCCCGCGCUGCUGCCGCGUGGGGCCUUCCGCUGCUGCAAGAGUACGCCCUCUUCGGCGAGUCGUACUCGCAGGCCGACCGCCACCACGCGUUCUCGACGGCGCACUCUCUGGAGAUUGCCCGCCGCGAGUCGACACGCGACAUAUCAGCCCAAAAGUCGCAGCGGGUCCAGGGCCUCAUGCUCUCCAACACACUGCUGCUUGGCGUCUGGUUCUCGUUUGUUGUCGAGGGCAUCAUCCCGCCCGAGACCUCGCCGGCCAUGGUCUUCAUCUACUCGCUCGGCCUCUCGCUUGGCUUUGCCGCUCUCUUCCUCUCGGUCUGGUUCGCCAUGAAGCUCCAGUCACGGAUGACCAAGUACAACGUGGCCAAGAUCACCCAGGUCUACACCUGUGGCAACAUCCACCCGUCGUUCCGCGACUACUACGAGUGCCAUUGCACCACCCUCAACACCCUCGCCAUCUGGUGCUUCUACUCGGGCACGGUCUUCCUCAUCGGCGCCGCCUGCGUGCUCACCUACACUCGUUUUGCGCUCACCUUUGACUCGCCAUCGGCAGGUGUCAUCUUUGUUGUCGCCUGUGGUCUCACCGUCGCUGCCCUCCUCGUUCUUGGCAUCAUCUUCCCCACCUCGACCCGCCUCACGCCCGAGGAAGCCGAGGAGCAGGCGACCAAGGCCGCGGCCAAAGCCGCCCGCGCCGCCGGAAUGUCGGCCCACCGCCCGCCGCCCACCGCCUGGGAAGAUGUCUCGGACAACUCACUCUUCCUCUCGGCAGACUCGGAUGCUGGCGGCGCUCGCCCGACUCGCCCUGUCGCCCGCCGCGGCUUUGGCGCGGGCGAAGACGACGAGCCCGGCGCAGACGGGCGCGGCACCAGCAAGGCGGUUCGCUUCCACGCCGACGAUCCGGACCCGGCGGUUGUCCCGGUCCUCAUGUCCGACUACUCGUCACGGUCUGACGGCGAGUCGCUCUCGCUCUACUCGGAAAUCGAGUCGACCACGCCGCGCUCGCCGGUUCCUCGUCGUCGCCGCCACCGCCGUCGCCACCGGCCAUAGCU